AUGGCGGCUACUGUGAUCGUGGAGCCCGCAGGCCGCUGCUGCUGGGACGAGCCGGUGCGCAUCUUGGUGCGCGGCCUGGCCCGGGAGCAGUGGGUUACGCUGCGCGCGUCCCUGCGCGACGAGAAGGGCACGCUUUUCCGAGCCCACGCACGCUACCGUGCGGACCGCGGCGGCGAGCUAGACCUGACGCGCACUCCCGCCCUGGGCGGCAGCUUUGUCGGACUCGAGCCUAUGGGACUCAUCUGGGCCCUGGAGCCCGAGAAGCCUUUUUGGCGGUUCUUGAAGAAGGACGUGCAGACGCCCUUCGCAGUGGAACUGGAGGUACUCGAGGGCCACGAGCCCGAGCCACCGCGGGUCCUAGGUCGAACGGUGCACGAACGUUACUUCUUACGGCCCGGCGUGCGGAGGGAACCGGUGCGCGCGGCGCGGGUGCGCGCCACGCUCUUCCUGCCGCCAGGACCUGGACCUUUCCCAGGGAUCAUUGACAUUUUUGGCUUAGGAGGGGGCCUGUUGGAAUAUCGAGCCAGCCUUAUGGCUGGCCAUGGUUUUGCCACGUUGGCUCUAGCUUAUUAUGAGUUUGAAGAUCUCCCCAAGACAGAUGGCAUCAUACACCUGGAAUACUUUGAAGAAGCCCUGCACUACAUGCUUCAACACCCCAAGGUAAAGGGCCCAGGCAUUGGGCUUCUGGGCAAUUCUUUAGGGGCUAAUAUUUGUCUCUCUAUUGCCUCAUUCUUGGAGAACAUCUCAGCCACUGUUUCCAUCAAUGGAUCUGGGUUCAGUGCAAACAGAAGAAUACAGUACAAGCAGAUUCACAUCCCACCAUUUGGCUAUGAUCUGAGAAGAAUCAAGGUAGCUUUCUCAGGCAUCCUGGACAUCGUGGAUAUUCAGAAUGAUGUUAUUGGAGGGUAUGAGCACCCUUGCAUGAUUCCAGUAGAGAAGGCCCAGGGGCCCAUCCUCUUCAUUGUUGGUCAGGAUGAUCAUAACUGGAGGAGUGAGUACUUUGCCCAUCUAAUGUCUGAGCGUUUACAGGCUCACGGAAAGAAAAAACCCCAGAUCAUUUCUUACCCUGGGACUGGACAUUACAUUGAGCCUCCUUACUUCCCCAUGUGCCCAGCGUCCUUGCACAGCAUCCCGAACAAACCUGUGAUCUGGGGUGGAGAGCCCAGGCCUCAUUCUAAGGCCCAAGUGGAUGCGUGGAAGCAAAUUCUAACCUUCUUCAGCAAAUAUCUUGGAGAUUCCCCUAAAUUGUAA